AUGGCCGAAGGUACAAGAUUCAAGGCUCUGGAGGAACAGAUCAAACGGCAAGAAAACAAACUGCAGGAAUUCAUUGAAGAUUCUCUUCUAAAUAGGAAGCAGACCGAUGAACGAUUGGAGACUAUCACUGCAGAAUUGAAGAUCCUGGUAGCAACUGUGUCGACUCAAUAUGGCAAUCUCAUGCGAACCAUCAAUGGAGAUAAGGGAAUUUUGGGUCCCGGCAGUAACGCAGAGAAGUCUCCAAAUCGAUCGGGUAAUCGGAACGUAAUUUGGUUGGAUGAGCCCCAUCAAGAAUGUGGAGUAAGGAAGAAUUUUCAUGGCCCUUUCCCUAAGGUAGAAUUUCCUCUGUUCAGAGGGGAAAAUCCCCUAGAAUGGCUGAGGAAAUGUAUCAAAUACUUUCAGAUAUAUCAUGUGGCAGAGGAACAAUGGUUCGAUAUGAUAGAAAUGCAUUUAGAGGAUAAGGCAGCUAUAUGGUUUCAAGGGUUCAAGAUGGGUCUAAGUAAGCUUUCUUGGCCUGAGUUUGAAGAAGGACUCAUAAAGAGAUUUGGAGAAGUGGGACAAGAUGAUGCAGUAGAAGAGUUCAGUAAAUUGCAGCAAACCUCCACCGUUUUAGCGUAUCAGGAGAAAUUCGAAGAGCUCAAAGCCAGAGUUUUGAUCAAGACCCCAGGACUAACAGAACCUUUCUUUAUCUCUUGCUUCUUGAGUGGGUUAUCUGAAGAGCUCAAGAUAUCUGUCAAAAUGCACAAGCCUCGAACCUUGUCAGAUGCCUUUGAGAUAGCGAGAAUGCAGGAAAAGGCCUUUGAAGCAUUCACCAAGAAACAGAAGAUGGCUUCCAAGAGCUUCACUCUGCCUUCACCUAGAGUGAAUCAUGCUCUUGAAGGAGCCGAGAGUAGUAAAAGAGGGAGAUCUCCUGUGUUCCAGAAAAUAUCCCCAUCAGAAUUGCAGUACAGAAAGACCAAUCAUCUAUGCUUCAAAUGUGGGGAUAGAUAUGGGCCCGGGCAUGUAUGUAGUAGGAAGGGGAUUCACAUGUUACUCGUUGAUGAUGAAGACAAAGGGAAAUUGGAGGAAUCAAUCUUGACCGAAGGGGAAGUGAUAGAAUAUAGUGGGGCCAGUAGUCAUAAAGAUGUAGAAUUUUCCAUCCAUUCUAUGACUGGUGAACUGCUGCAGGGCACUAUCAAACUGAAGGGGAAAUUUAAUGGGAAACUGCUCUCAAUAUUUUUGGAUGGAGGAAGUUCUCACACUUUUGUUAAAGUUUCAGUGUUCGAGGAAAAUCCUCAAUUAGUAGUACCAAGGAAACCGUUAGCAGUCAAGGUGGCUAAUGGGCAGGUGCUACAGUGUAAUAGCUGGGUUCCACGGAUGACCUGGGAAAUGCAAGGGCAUACAUUCACUCAUGAUGUAUAUGUGCUUGCAAUUGAGCCGUAUGAUAUGGUAUUGGGGGUUGAUUGGAUGAGGGAGCACAGUCCUGUAACCUUUGAUUUCAAGCAUCUGCAAUUCUCCUUUAAUCAGGAAGGGCAGGAAGUGAAGCUACAAGGAGAUUUGAGAGAGACAGACAUCAAACUGAGGAAGGGAGAAACUGUCCAAAAGUUUCUGAGACGGAAGAAGAAAGAAACUCUCCGCAGGCCCUGUGUUCUAGCAGUUGAUACUCCUGAGGUAACAUCUCACACUGAUGACUCCAUAAGUGCACUCCUGGCUGAUUAUACUGAUGUGUUUGGAGAACCUUCCACCUUACCCCCUAUUAGACAGUUAGAUCACAAGAUACCCCUUAAGCCAGAUUCUAAACCUUUCAAGUUGAUUCCUUAUAGAUAUCCCCAUACUCAGAAGAAUGAAAUUGAAAAACAAGUUCAGGAAAUGCUAGUUAAUGGCAUUAUUCAGCCUAGUCAUAGCCCUUUCGCUUCACCUGUCCUGCUAGUUAGAAAAGAAGAUGAAACCUGGAGGUUUUGUAUUGAUUAUAGACAGUUAAAUGAAAUCACCAUUAAGGACAAAUUUUCCAUCCCUAUCAUUGAUGAUCUCUUGGACGAGCUCCAUGGUUCCAAAGUAUUUUCCAAAAUUGAUCUCAGAUCUGGUUAUCACCAGAUCAGAAUGCAUUCCCAUGAUAUACCCAAAACAGCCUUUCGGACUCACACUGGAUUAUAUCAUAAACUUUAUGCCAAACUCUCCAAAUGCACUUUUGGUCAGCCACAGGUUGAGUACUUAGGACACAUCGUCACCGAGGAUAGAGUAGUAACUGAUCCUGCAAAGGUAGAGAGCAUGGUAUCCUGGCCACGACCUGAUUCUGUCAAAGCAUUAAGGGGUUUUCUUGGGUUGACCGGGUAUUAUCGAAGGUUUGUUAAGGGCUAUGGGUUGAUAGCUAAACCUUUGACUGAUUUGUUAAGGAAAGAUUCCUUUGAGUGGAGUACCGAAGCGGAGAACGCUUUUUACCAGUUGAAACGUGCCAUGAGUUCUACCCCUGUAUUAACGUUACCGGACUUUACUAAACCUUUCAUCCUAGAGACUGAUGCCAGCCAAAAAGCUCUAGGAGCUAUGUUGAUGCAACAAGGAAGACCAAUAGCAUAUAUGAGUCAGGUACUAGCAAAUAAAAAUCUUGGGAUGUCAAUAUAUGAGAAGGAGUUGCUGUCCCUAAUUGUUGCAGUGACCAAGUGGAGGCAUUAUUUGAUGGGAGCACAUUUUAUCAUUAAGACGGACCAUGAAAGUCUCAAGUAUCUGCUAGACCAGAGAAUCACUACUCCCUUACAACAAAAAUGGCUCUCUAAACUGAUGGGAAUGGAUUAUGAGAUUCAGUACAGGAGGGGAAGGGACAAUAUUGUUGCUGAUGCCUUGUCAAGAAGGGGUGAAAAUGAGCAAAUUGAAUUGAAUGCAAUAUCAGUAGUGAGGCCUGCAUGGCUUCAGGAAGUUACUCAGAGCUACAAUGGAGAUGCUAAAGCUAAGGAACUGUUGCUAAAUCUGUCCACUAAUGGAGUCUCUUGA